CACACACCUUCUUCAUGUGGCACACCCUGCAGCACUUGCAUAACCUGUCUGGAAUGUGGUACACAAUGACAAGACACACUGUAAGGGAAGACACAUCGUGUGAACCAUUUCCUGUGUUCUACGGAAUAGUCCAAGCAGAAAGUCAAGAUGGAGCCAAGAACAGCUGCUCGCCCCUCCGGAGCUACAAGACAAGGACGCUGGUGGCAUUUGAGACAGCGAUGGAGAAUGUUAGGAGUGUUUGAGAUAAACCCAGAGCACGAGUUCUACCAUCUGACAGCCAUGAUAAAAGAAGGCAUGAACACCUCCAUUCAGACCAGUAUGGACACACCAAUCCAGGAAACACUCACAGCUGAACACUUCAAGGCAGAGGAGACUCAAAGCCAUGAGGGGUUUGAGAUGCAGACGUUUGCACCUCAAGUUUUUGCUAAACUGAGGCGUUCACUGGACAUCACUGAGGAGGAAUAUAGGAACUCCCUCUGCUCGGAUGGUGACUACCUCCAGUUUGUUAGCAACUCCAAGAGCAAGGCAGAUUUCUUUAUCACGAAUGACAAGAGGUUCUUCUUAAAGACCCAGAGCAGACGUGAAGUCAGCUUUCUCCUGUCCAAUCUGCAGGCUUACAUGGACCACUUGGAGAAAUACCCUCAUUCACUGAUGGUGAGGUUUCUAGGUGUCCACAGGAUUGUUAUUCCAAAUAAAAUGCAGAAGUACUUCAUUGUGAUGCAGAGUGUGUUCUACCCUGAUGAGAGGAUCAAUAUAAGAUUCGAUAUUAAAGGCUGCGAGCUGGGUAGAUGGACUAACCCUGACACAGGUGGGAAACAAAUAAUAAAAGUGCUGAAGGACAAUAACUUUGAAGGGCAGCAUAUUGGAUUAGGUCGGCAGACAUCCUGGUUUGUCAAUCAAGUAAAAGUGGACGCUGGUUUUCUACGACAGCUGAAUGUGAUGGACUACAGUCUCCUGUUGGCCCAUCAGCCUCUGCACCAAGAUGAGAUUGAUGGGAAACAGUCUAUGGCAAACCUCGUCAGGCGCACCAUGAAGUCUUUGGACUUUGAUGACAGCCCCAAAGAGUCAGACUCAUCCAUCGUUUCAUUGUUGCAAGAGACCACGGCUGAUGUUGUACCAGAUAGUACAGAUGGUGGGUCAGGAGAGCCACAGGCAGCAGCUGAGGACUUCAGUGAAGGGAUCCCCCUCCAGGAGAUCAACUGUCCUGUGAAAGAAACUGAGACUGACUCAGAGCUGCAGAAGUUCCAUGAACACCAUCGUAGGCUACUGCCCAACUGCAAAAAUGCUAUUCAUGUCAUAGAUGGGCCAGAGCGUCGCUACUUUGUCGGCAUUAUAGACGUUUUUACUGUCUACGGUUGGAAGAAAAGAUUGGAGAACCUGUGGAAAAGUCUUCGUUACCCAGGCAGGGACUUUUCCACGGUUAACCCCACCAAAUAUUCAAACAGGUUCUGUCAGUGGAUACAGGACCGCACUCAGUGACACAAUGCAGGACACAGUCAUCACCGAUAUACUAUAUAGCACUUGCUGUUUAACACUGUGUCCACCAGAUGGGGCACUACUGCAGCUCUUAGAGAAUGUUUGAGUGUAUGACAACCCUAUAUCUGUCAACACUCAACAUGAAUUUUAAAUUUAGCAAUGCCUCUGACUCAUUACAUACACAUGUUUAUUUCUUUCUUGUUUCUUCUAUCCCUCUGCUAAUGUAUUGUGCACUAUUCACUAUUCAUGUGUCUGCUUAACCCUCAUGUUGUGCUCUGGUUUUAUAUCUGAAAAAUGUAAUUCAUUUGAUCAGACUGACUGAGAUUCCAUGAUUUUGUAUUCAAAGAGGAUUUCAACACAGACAAUAAACUGUAUGAA